AACGGAUCACGUCCUCAGUUUUCUGCGCCCUCUUCCUCGUCACAGAUUUUUUCCCUUUAUUAACUUUACUCCAAGAUUUUAAUUGUUUAAUUUCCCUUUCUUAUGAAUCGGAAGAAGAACCUUUUUUUAAAUUAAAUUUACUAUCACUUAUUUCGAAAAUAUAUAUUCCUACGUUACAGUGAGAGGUUCUAUUCCCAACUUCUAACUUUCGAUAUUGUACUGGUUGAAAACUAAAUUUGUGACAACACAAAAUAAAUUGUUCUUUUUUUCUUAUAGAGGUGUAAGUAAAAUCCGGCAAAAUGGGUGAGCGAAAAGGAACAAACAAAUACUAUCCACCUGAUUACAACCCAGCCAAAGGUGGGCUGAACAAAUUUCUUGGGACUCAUGCUCUCAGGGAGCGGGCGAGGAAGCUCCACAUGGGCAUCUUAAUAAUACGUUUUGAAAUGCCCUUCAAUAUAUGGUGCGAAGGCUGUAAAAAUCACAUCGGAAUGGGCGUUAGGUACAAUGCAGAGAAGAAGAAAAUCGGAAUGUACUAUACAACUCCAGUUUACCAGUUCAGGAUGAAGUGCCAUUUAUGUGAUAACCAUUUUGAAAUAAAAACUGAUCCUGCUAACCUGGAAUAUAUUGUUGUCAGUGGAGCAAGGAGACAGGAAAACCGCUGGGACCCGACCGAAAACGGCCAGGUUGUCCCUGAAGACAAAGAGACUUCCAAAAGACUUUUUGAUGAUGCCAUGUUUAAACUAGAACAUGGGACAGACGACAAAGAACAUAGUGCAAAAAUAAAUCCAGUCCUCAAUAAAUUAAUUAGUCAAAACGAUUCAAAAUGGAAAAAUGACUUCCAGGCCAACAUGAUGCUGAGAGCACAAUUUCGUAAAAAGAAAAAAGAGCUGAAAGCAAAAGAGAAAGUGGAUAAUAUACUUUUAAAAAAGUCAAGUCUGAGUAUAGCACUUCUCCCUGAGAAUGAGGAUGACAUCAAGCUUGCCUCCCUCUUAAAGCUACAACCUUCGACAAGUGCCAACGAGAAAUUGAAUCUAAAAAUGAAAAAAAUCCAAAAGAGCCUUAUAAUUCCUAAAAGUCUCGAGAAGCCAAAGCCUGACUUGGGCAUCAGAUUAAAAAUCCCUCCGCCUCCAUCUUCUCUGGUGGCCAAUGAUUAUGAUUCAUCAGAAGAAGAUGUCUAAAAUUGUAUUAUAAAUAUUAACUUUAAUAUUUUGGUUGUUAUUCCAAGAGGCUUUGUUUUUAUUUUUUGUUAUU